AUGAAGACCACUUUGCUUGCCUUCUUCCUUUUCUUUGCCUUCAUAUCAGCCAAAGCUGAUAUUUUGGUUGACACUGAAGGUAACCCCGUCAGAAAUGGUGGCUCAUACUACAUCCUCCCUGCACUCUGGGGACACGGCGGUGGCGUCGGCCUUGCCGCCACCGGCAAUGAAACUUGCCCUCUUACCGUUGUUCAAACCUUCUCCGAACUCUCAAACGGUUUGCCCACUAAACUUUCUUCUCCUUACUUGAUCGCUUAUCUCACCACAAACUUGAUCACGGAGUUUACCGCCGCUGCACCACCGGAGUGCGCAGCCCGACCAGCAAAAUGGACGAUUGUCGGCGGAGAAGAUGAGACAAAGCAAGUGAAACUUGUUGGGUACCAAAACACCCUACGUGGUUCUUUUAACAUCCAGACAUAUCAUGGGUUGACCUAUAAGAUUGUGUUCUGUCCCACUGAUGAAGAUUCUUGCAGUGCUCUUGGGAUCUCCAGGAACAACAAAGGAGAUAGGAUUUUAGUUGUUGACAAUAAUAACCCUUUCGUUGUUGUGUUUCACAAGGCUGCAUCAUCUGCUGCAUGA